AGGGAAAUCCUAUACUAUGAUGGGUACAUUCCAGGAUACGGGGCAUGGUAUCAUUCCACGACUUUGUAACGCCAUGUUUUCUAAGAUUGACAGUCACUGUGAUGAUGAAAGUUUAGCUGUCAAGGUCGAAGUGUCAUAUAUGGAAAUUUAUAAUGAGAAAGUUCAUGAUCUGUUAGAUCCAAAAGGAAGUAAGCAGAAUUUAAAAGUACGAGAACACAAUAUAUUGGGACCAUAUGUAGAUGGCUUGUCACAACUAGCUGUAGCAUCUUUUGAAGACAUUGACAACCUUAUGAGUGAAGGAAACAAAUCCAGAACCGUCGCUGCCACCAACAUGAACAAUGAAAGUAGUCGGUCACAUGCUGUAUUCAACAUCAUACUAACACAAACAUUAACAGAUAUAUCUUCUGGGGUUAGUGGGGAGAAAGCCAGUAAGAUUAGUUUGGUUGAUUUAGCUGGUAGUGAACGUGCUCAGAAAACUGGUGCUGUGGGGGACCGUCUCAAAGAGGGAAGCAACAUUAACAAAUCUUUAACAACUCUAGGGUUAGUAAUAUCAGCUCUAGCUGACCAGUCAGCGGGGAAGAAGAAAGAUAAGUUUGUACCCUACAGAGAUUCUGUCUUAACAUGGCUUCUCAAAGAUAAUUUAGGUGGUAACAGUAAGACCGUGAUGGUAGCCACACUAAGUCCUUCUGCUGAUAAUUACGAGGAAACUUUAUCGACACUUCGUUAUGCUGACAGAGCUAAACGUAUCGUUAACCAUGCUGUCAUCAAUGAAGAUCCAAACGCUAAAAUUAUACACGAUUUGAGAUCAGAAUUAGAAAACCUGAAAUGUCAGUUAAAUGAGGCACAGAGUAUGAAGGCACCUAACUUAAAAGAAAGGCUGGAAGAAUCAGAAAAGAUAAUGAAAGAAAUGACUAAAACGUGGGAAGAAAAAUUAAAAGAAACAGAAAAAAUACACAAGGAGAGACAUGAUGCUUUAGAACAGAUGGGUGUAUCCGUAGAGAAAUCUGGUAUCAAGGUGGAAACUGGAAAGUAUUUCCUGGUCAAUCUGAAUGCUGACCCCUCGCUGAAUGAAUUGCUGGUGUACUAUCUUAAGGACCAUACCUUGGUUGGCAGAGUGGAUGCUCCAAAACAACAGGAUAUACAACUCAGUGGUCUAGGUAUUAUGCCUGAACAUUGUAUGGUAGAUGUAGAAAACAAUGAUGUGUAUGUCUCACCACUAGAGGGCGCUAGAACGUGUGUUAAUGGAUCACUGAUCGGGGAGAAGACUAGAGUCAGACAUGGAGACAGGAUUUUAUGGGGGAUCAAUCAUUUUUUCCGAAUUAAUUGUCCAAAAUUAAACAGUCCGCAGAGUGCAACUGAACCAGAACAACAGAUAGAUUACAGUUUUGCUCAGCAAGAAUUAAUGGAUAAACAGUUUAGUAAUGAUCCUAUUCAAGAAGCUAUAGAAGGCAUUGUAAAACAACACCAAGAGGACAAAGAAGAAGCAUUAGAACAACAAAGAAAGCAGUACGAAAGACAAAUGCAGUUGUUAAGGAACCAGAUUAUGUCUCCUGGUACCCCAUCCAUGCCUAUACUGCCAUUCAGUAUGAACUUUACAUCACCUACUGGUUCUACUAAUAGUGGGAUACAGAAACGGUACCAGAUAUGGGCAGAAGAAAGAGAGAAAACCUUUAAACAAAGUUUAGUGAAGUUACGAGAGGAAGUGGCGAAGGCCAAUGCCUCCGUACAGGAAGCUAAUGUGUUAGCUCAGGAGAUGGGAAAAAGAACAGAGUUCCAUGUCACUCUCCAGAUACCUGCAUGUAACCUUAGCCCUAAUAGACGGAAAGGAACAUUUGUGAGUGAACCUGCCAUCUUAGUAAAGAGGAAGAACCGAGCCAAUCAGAUCUGGUCAAUGGAGAAGUUUGAGAACAAGUUGAUAGACAUGAGGGACAUGUAUGAAGAGAGGAAGUCCCAGGGGCUACCAAUGAUGGUACUGGACGAGGUUGAUGACGAGUCGGGGGAUGAUGGCCCAGCGGUAAAAGGAGAUCCAUUUUAUGAGUCCCAGGAAAAUCAUAACUUAAUUGGUGUAGCUAAUGUCUUCCUUGAAUGUUUGUUCCACGAUGUGAAACUGGACUACCAUGUACCAAUUAUUAGUCAACAAGGGGAGGUAUCUGGUAAACUGCACAUAGAAAUCUCCAAGUUAGGAGGAUCCUUCAUGGAUCGCUAUGGUGAUAUAAAUGAAGAUGAGGAUGAUGAAAGUCCUGUAGAGAGACGUUCUGCUCCAAUGAUUGUCAGGAUACGUAUACAUCAGGCCAAAGGUUUACCACCAGCUCUGUGCCAUUUUGUGUUCUGUCAGUACACAUUCUGGGGACAUGAUGAGUCUGUAGUUGUCCCCCCUGAACUACAACCUGAAGCUGGUGAGGCAGACGACACUAAAAUGUUUAUUUUUAAACAUUCUAAGGAUUUUAAAGUACAAACGACAGAAGAAUUUAUAGAAUAUUGUCAAGAUGGUGCUUUAUCUAUAGAAGUCUGGGGUCAUAGAAGUCAAGGAUUUAAUAUAAAUGAUAAAACUGUUGACAAUGUUAAUAUCAGAUCAAGGUCAUUGUCAGAAAGAUGGCAGGAAGUUAUGAGAAAGAUUGAAAUGUUCGUUGACGUACAAGAACUUAACCACCAGGGGGAGUAUGUUCCUGUUGUAGUACAGCCACGACCUGAUGUUCCAUCGGCUGGAGUCUUUCAGUUACAACAGGGUCAUACAAGAAGAAUAGGAGUUAAAGUGAAACCUAGUAAAAAUUCAGGAACAUUACCUUUAAUAUGUGAAUCUAUAUCAUCUGUGUCUGUGGGAUGUAUAUGUUCUCGGAGUAAAAUGACACAGAAAGGACUGGAUAGCUAUCAGGAGGAAGAUUUAAACUUAUUACGAGAUCGAUGGUCAGAAGCAUUGGAGAGACGGAAGGAAUAUCUAAAUGAACAAAUUCAGAAACUUAUAAACAAGCAAGAUAAGUCAGAGUCUGAUGCUGAUCGUGAAAGAGCUCUGAUGGACCAGUGGGUGUGUCUCACAGAGGAGAGGAAUGCUGUUAUGGUCCCCUCCCCAGGAAGUGGUAUACCUGGGGCACCUGCUGAUUGGGACCCCCCAGAUGAUAUAGAACGACAUACACCAGUUGUCUUCCUUGAUCUGAAUGCUGAUGAUCUGAGUACGCCCAGUGCUAGAGAAGGAUUACAGGCUGCAGGCUUCAACUCCAUUCUUCCUAAAGAACAAUCAUCUCAAUUCUUCAAUCUUCCAAUCAUUAAAAACAUUACAGAUAAGGACAGUAUAUCUGCUGUUGUUUCAUGGGACUCAUCGAUUCAUGAUUCACCAAGUUUAAAUCGUGUUACAUCAUCCAAUGAACGUGUUUAUAUGAUAUUAAAAGCUGUUAUAAGACUUAGUCAUCCAGCGUACUUAGAAAUAGUGUUAAGGAAAAGAAUUUGUCUCAAUAUUUAUACAAACUUUAGUAUAACAAGUCUGACUGAUAGAUUAAAGAAGAAAAUUACUGGACAGGAGAAAUUAUUUUCUAGUGGAAUUUCAUAUGAAGUUGUUUCUAAUAUACCUAAGGCUUCUGAAGACCUAGAGAACAUGGAGACUUUAGCACAGAUGGCUGCAUCACAGAAUGAAGUGACGGCUGAUGGAGAAACUUACAUAGAAAAAUAUAUCAAAGGUGUCUCCGCUGUAGAGAGUAUAUUAACAUUAGACAGACUUAGACAGGAAGUGAAAGUAAAGGAAUUGACAGCAGCACAAGGGAGAGCACUCCGUAAAACAACAAGUACACCAAAUAUUGCUAACGCUGGCUUGACACCUACCAAAUUUGAUGGACAGCUAAGAGCAGACAGUAUCCAAGAUUUAUCAUGUGACAGUUUAUCUCCUGGGAGACGGUUGUCACAGCCUGGUAGGUUUUUUCGUAAAAGGUCAAGGUCGGAAGUUGGAAAAAGCCUGAAAAUCUUUGCAAAGGAACUGAAAAAACAAUGUAAAAAUUUAGCCCGCCCAAACUUUCUGAGUUUACGGGGCACUGGUAUAACUGCUAAGCCUGCUUCACCUAAAUCUUUACUUAGUCCCAUGGGGUCAAAGGUCAAACCAAUGUCAACUUUAGUAGAAGAACAACAACAAAGAGAAUCUAAACCAUUGCUGAAGAGAGAAGAUUCUGAUGAGGAAUUUGAUGAAGCUGACAUUGCUGACAUCCAAAGGAGAAAGUUCCAAUCUGUCAUAGAACCUGAGCCUAAUAGUGUAAGCUCUGAUGAUUUUCAAGACUUUGAAUCAUAUCAAAGUCAACAGCCCCAACCUGAAGAAAAUCCAAUGAAUUCAACAGCUGAGGAAAUCCCCCAUUCUUCUACAAAUGACAGUUUAGCUGAGAUACAAGGGAAGAAUUUCACUCCGAGUUUAGUUUCCAGUGGUUACGGGUCACAGGCAGUUUCCAUGUUGACUUUGUCAUCAGAAGAUUCGUUAAGUUUAAGAAGUAUGGAAGAUAACAAUGAAGGCCAUAAAGACUCUAGAGGGAGUCAGAAAGGCAGUAUUGAACAAAGUAGUGAAAGUGAUGAAGAUCAACAAGGUGUUUCUGAUGUUUGUCAUUCAGAGUCAGAUGAACGUUUAACUGAAUGUAAUAGUACUAAUGUAAUGGAAGCUUCUGAUUCAGAUUCAAAUAAAACUGUUUUAUCACAAGAGAAGUUAGAGACUGUAGAGAACGCGGAGAGUUAUAACAUGGACACUAGUUCUACGGAAACCUCAAAGGGUGCUGAAUCCAACACGGAAUCAAAUCUAAAGGGUGCUCGUGCAAUAGGAAGUAAAACUGUUGAAACAGUAGAUCCUUACAGUGAAACUGCCAUGGAAGAACUAGAAAAAUUAGGUUUUGAUGAAGAAGAGGAAGACAUUCAGGAAGAUAAAAAUAAUGGCUCAGAAAUUGAAUUGUUUAUUGCAGAAGAAAAUGAUGAAAAAUCUGCUAAAAAUAGAACUACUGAAAAAUUACUUUCUAACAAGAGCUUCACACCUCCUAGUACUUUGGAAAAGACGAAGGGUGUGAUUAAACGUCCACAGCGACCUUUAUCUUGUGUACUGCCGGUAGAUCAAAGUGUUAUAGAGGAGAGUAUGAAAAGAAAUAGUCUACAGUUACAUAUGUCUGAUGAAGAAGAUAUUGAACACGAUGAUUCCUUAAGCACCUGUUCCUUUGGUAGUCGGGCAGAUUUAGAUAGAUUAUCAGAAGUACCUGUGCCAGUGUGGAUUACCAUCGGUGAAAGUGUGAUUGUCACACCAUCCAAAGGGCCACAGAAAACUGGAGUUGUACAAUUUGUGGGACCAGUAGAGUUCGCUGCUGGACCUUGGGUCGGGGUAGAAUUAGAUUUACCAGAAGGUAAAAAUAACGGGUCUGUGAAUGGUAUUCCCUACUUUAAGUGCAGGUCGAGACAUGGGAUAUUUGUACGUCAUGAUAAACUUAUUCUCGACAAGAAACGAAGAGGAAGUCGUAAACGUGCGAGCACCGACUCCAAACGUGCUGGAAAUAUUGUUAACAGAUCUCCUGCUAACCAAACCAAAACAGGCAAUUCUGGAAACUUUAUAAAAGGAACAACAUCUAGUAGUGCUAAGAAGAAAUUAUGAGAAAAAUAGGCUUUUAUUUUCAGUCUUUUGACAAAUUAUGGUAGUUUGCACAGAUGAGAAUUGUACUAUUAUAAAUUUUUAACUUGAGGUAGGACAAUUAUUGUAUCAAUAAAACUUACAUUUAUAAAGUGCUGUAAACCAACUUAUUUUCACUGAUAUUGUUUUCGGGCUCAGCCCUGUGUUAUGUAUCUACUGUUGUUGUAUUUUAAAAAAAGAAAAGAUCAAAGUUUGACAUACUAUGGAACAAUUACAUUUAAAUUAUUUGUCAACUUGCUAAAGUCACCAACAUUAGUUGUAUACUGUUACAUAGGAGAUGUAUCUGCUUAAUUUACAUAAUCAAUAUUAAAAGGGACCAUGAAUAGAUAAUAUUUGAAGUAUUGGAGCAUCGAAGUGAUAUUUAUCAUUUUAUCCCUGUUUUUCAACCAAUCACUAUUUUUGGAUAAACUAACCAGAAACAAGUCUAACCCAAGAGAAAACAAAUUUUGUUACUUGAAUUGAUAUUUUCCCAGACAGUGAAUAUUUUCAAUCAACUCGAAUUGAAAUGAUAGAAAGAUCUGUGCAUUCCAGUAUUUGUCAUAUGACUGAAUUUUAUAUCUAUUUAUAGUAACUAGUAUCAGUUAAUAUCUAUUUUUAGAUACAACUUCUGUGAUUUAUUUUUAGCAGUCUGAUAGAAAUCGAUGCCAUAAAUGUUGUCUACAUCUCCUUCCAUAUAAAUUGUUAAUCAAGUAGACCUAUAGUGUAUAGGUGUAAUUAGGGCAUCUAUAGACAUUAGCUUGAUGGGUAAAACUAGGGCAUUUAUAGAACUUAGCUUGUGUUUAAAAGAAAACCAACUUGUAUGAGAUCUUAAGCUUGUACACAAAACUUGGUGUUCAUGAAAUUUAUCAAAAAACUAAAUGUACUUUUUAAUGUUCAAAUACAGAUCAAAAUUAAACUGGCUCAAACAGAAAAUAUGUUUGAAAAAAUUAGGAAAAUAGACGUAAACUUUUCUAAUUUUAGAACCCUUCUGAUCAAAACUAAAGUUCAGCUGAAAAAUAUUGAGGCUUGACUUAUUUUGUGUGGGGACUGAAGUUGAUAGUCAACUGUAGAUGUACCUGGAUCAAACAGUAUUUAAAGAUGUAGAAUUUGAAAGUGUAAUUAGAUUUUACUGGUAUCACAUACAAGUUGUAGAAUAGAAAUUCUAGAUGUAUUUUUGAAAACAUAGAUUUUAAAUCAGUAAUUUUCAACAAAAGUAAGUAUUAUAGAACUUGAUAAAAAUGUCAUCGCUCAAAUUGUCAAAAUGCCAAAAAUUAGAAUUUUAGGUAAUAUUAUAGGAGUGUUUUACUAAGACUGAUCAAAGUCCGUUAGGUAGAAGUUUUGUUUAACAAAUACUAACAAAUAAAAAUAACUUUUCCUAAGUAUUCAUUCCUCUAUACAACUUUAUUUUUAUAACCUGAAAAUUUAUCAUGAAAUUAUAUAUUAUGAAGGUUCGAAAUGAAAAAGAUAAUUCUGUUGAUUUCUACUUUUUCCAAGGAGUUGAUUAUUUCUUUUUUUUAAAUCAAUUUGUGAAGUGCUUGUUUUUCAGUGAUUUAUUGUUCAAAAGCAAUCAUGAUGUCAAAUGUUCAUGCCAUUCUCUGAUUUGGCCAUUAUUUCAUAAAAGAGGUAACCAAAAUGUUCCAAAAUAUCUAGUCUGAAAAAAAUAACAGUAUAUCAUAUGGCACCCAAUUACACUCAAGUUAUCUAGGCAAAAUUUGGCAAAGAUUAAAAGUUUUAAUGAUGAGGUUCUAAAUAUAGUAUUGUCUUCCAGUGAAAAAGAGAAAUAUAUUAACCGUGUUGAAAGCUUGAUGGAUGAGAAUUAUUAUAUAAAUUCUAUAAAUGAUUAAGUGAACUGAUAUAUUAACAUAUGAUUAAAACUUCUUGGUAAAUAUUUCAUUUUCGACACCAAGAAUUUUAUACAAUUAUUGAUGCUUGAUUUAGAGAAAGUUGUUUGUAACAUACCACCUAGUGUAAGAUAUGCCCCACAGAAUAAGAUAUGCCCCAAAAAUUAAGUGCUGCAAGGUUACAGAAAAAGGCAAUGAAAUGAUUUAAUAUGAAUUCAUAUAGCAUCAUUUAAAGGAAGAAUUCCUAAAAACCUAAAUUAUUACAAAUUAUUUUCCACCAGACCAUUUAAGAAAUAAUUCCCAAAUUCCUAAAUCAUAAAUCUUUUCCUUCAAGACAUUCAAAGUAAGAUUUCUCAAAGACUAAAUCAUUACAACAUUUAGCUAUUUACAUUCUAAAAUAUAAGAAUGAGAAAGUUAAACUUUUGUUUAUCCAGGCUUCUAAUAUGUACCAUAUUUAUGAAAUAAAAUCUUAAAGUAUAUCUUUGAUAAUUUUAACAAAUAUUUCACUUAUAAGCUAGAUAAUAAUAAUACUGGUGAUACCAUAUUAACCUCGGCAAACAGCCUCUGUCAAUACAGGUGUCAGUAUCUUGUUUUGUGCAAUAUUUAUACUGGAACUUUUCAUAAUGUUACUGAGAUUUUUCUCGAUUUUUCUCAGACAUAUUUAGACAUAUUUGUACAUUCCUGUAAUUUUUUGUUGUUAUUUUGUAAAUAAAUUGUAUCUUUUAUGUAAAUGUGAUACUUUAUUGUUGUGUAUAUCAGAAACAGAAAUAUUUAUUGUUUAAAUCGUAUAAAUUUUUGUCGGAUGAAAUCGGGCAAUUUACACUUAAUAACAGUUGUGUAGUGCAGUGAAGGUUCUCAAGAUCUCGCAGAACUACAUUCUAUAAAUAUAUAUUAAAAAUUUAUCAAUGAUCUCACAUUCUACAAGCAUCAAAAAGUAUAUUGGAUUGUAACUUAAAUUCAUUAGAAUAUUAUCACAUACCAAUUAAAGAGGACCGGAUUUAAAGCUUCAUUAAUAUGUACUUUCUGAAAGUUAUUCUAAAAUUGAUCAUAUUUUUUGGAACAAUUGAAAAAAUUCUGAGGAAAAUAAGCUUUAAUUGAUGUUGACAACUUUGAGAUUUUCACUGCACAUAUUUGUUGUGGUAAAAAGCAAGCUCUGUGUUAUAUAUUUGUUUUUUGCUUUGUAUAUUCACAUCUUUACAUUGUUAAAGCUGUUAUAUGUUGAUCAUGGUAUGGGAGAUAACUCUGAGGUCAACAAGGGAGAUAAAAAGUAAAAUUCAUCACUGUUUAAUGAUGUUUUCCCUAAUCGUUAAAAUUGCAAGCCAUAUACCAGAUGUAUCCACCUACGGGACUUUAUUCAGGUUAAACAUUUUGAGAAAAUGCAAAAAACAGAUAAAUAGCAAGUGAAAAAUUAUUAAAAAGCAUGAACUUCAUUUUAAAAAACCUCAUCAAAGAUACAGGACUAAUCAUUUGAUAAGACAGACUUGAAUAAUCUAACCACAAAACUGAUAUGGGACAGACGAACAGACAAUUAGAAAAGAAACACAGUGACAGACCAGAAACCAGAAACCCUUUUCUAUUGUAGACGGGCAUGAAAAUAGUUACCUCUAAAAUGAAAUGAACUUGAAUUAAAUGUCAUUUGGUCUUAGGGAGAGUUUUCUGAUUAGCAAUCAUAUCACUUCUUGUUUUUGUAAUGAAACAUAAAGAGAGAUGAGUUUUACUUUUUAUUUAACUUGUUGGUUGUCUUGUUUGUUAACAUUUUAAGUAUUCAUUAAAUUUGUGAUUCUUUUGCACUGCCGUAGCACAAUGUAUUUCAUUUAACACUAAUCAAAUAUGUAUUACUGUUAUUGUCUUUGUUAGUGGUUGCUAUGUGUUACUGUGUCAUGUGAUUUGUAAGUCAUGUGACUGGUUGCUAUGUGUUCCUGUGUCAUGUGACUGGUUGCUUUGUCAUAUGAUGUGUAGUUCAUGUGACCUUGUUUUUUUGUGAAAUACUACAAUACAAACCUUAUAUUUGCUGUUGAAACAGUUUAAACAUUGAUUUGUGAUUAGAAAAAAGGAAUUACUCAAGUCAAUUAGAAUGGUUUUUUAACCAGUCUUUGAUGUCAAUGAGAAACAAAGAAUUUGGAUUGGUGUGUAUACAAAGAAAUAAUCCCUCUUAAAAACAAAAAUUUGUAUGGUUGAAAUGAUUUUAUUUUUUCACUACUUGUAGAAUUAAAGAUGAAAAUAAAAAUAAUAACAAUUUUCCACAACUGAACCAAUAAUCUCCCUAUAUCUAUUUAUUUUUCAAAAAGUUUUAGACAAAAAUUAAAACUGGUAUGAUGUGGCCUAAGAUCAAUAGGUCUAUUUCAAGAUAAGAAAAAAUGAAACUAACCAAUGUUAAAACUAAAUCCUUUAAAUUAAAUUUUGACCAAUAAUCAUGCAUUUACAAGUCUCCAAUUUAAUUUACUGAUUUUCUUGGCAGAAUAUUGAACCGUAUGUUGUUGUAUUGAUGUAUGUCAUCUAUGUCACCACAUUAUGCCAGACCAUACUAUGUCACAUGAUUAUGUCACUAUGUUAAGUGAUAUGUUAAGUGACAUACAUGUUAUCAUCACUUAUUGUCUGUUCACUAGAGGACACUCUUAAAUUUGCUUUAAAAGCCAUAAUAAAAAAUACUUAUGGAAUCAGA